CGUCACUAACUGUGCUUUUGCGAUAUCAACAAUAGGCAGCUGCAUGCAAGUACAUAUUGGCCGUUGUGUUGCCUAAGUUACAGUUGUUAAGUACCAAAUAUAAAUGAUUAUUGUGGCGCCUUGAACUUUGGGCCUGACGCAAAACUUACUCCGACUUCUUUUUUUAACUUAAACACACCGCAACAGUCACCAUUCCGAGUGAAUAACGUACAAAGACUGCACAAUCACGGAUUUCUCUCAAAUUACCACCCAAUAUUUUUGUUCAUCUAUUGUCGCCAAUCCUUUCGUCACGAAUCUAGUAAAUAAAAACCUUUGUACAGUACGAUAACAUUGCUUUUAUGAUUCAGAAGCAUGUAAGAUGUUGUUUCCGUGACUACCUGGCUAUUUCUAUUGUUCCUACCUUGUUCGUACUCAGCGUAGUGCUUACCUAAAGUUAUUUAACUGUCGUGCCCCUCCAGCCUCAGUUCGAGAUUUCCCUAAUCACAGACCCACCUUCCCACAUCCAACCUGCAUACAUCAUCAAUCUGCUGCCGCCUUUAAACUUCUACUUUGAUUCCUCCUUGUCCACACCAAGUUGUGAGCACAAAAGCAUCAGACAUACCCAUCAUACCCAUCUACAGCCUCUAUUUGGUUUCGCGACCGAGUUUUUGCAACCUCAUACUUAUUUCGACCACAGAAAACCGAUCCUCUCAAUCCGACAUCAUGGGUGAAUCCGAAGCUCCCCCCGCUGCCAACUACAUCCGACUCCAGUCAAAUGACAACGUGAGGAUUGAUGUUGAGAAGGCUGUUGCGGAGCGAUCGCUCCUAAUCAAGAACAUGCUCGAGGAUCUUGGUCCUAACGCUGAGGGACAAACUAUCCCUAUCCCCAACGUGACCGAGCCCGUCCUUCGCAAGGUCAUCGAGUGGUGUGAGCACCAUCGUCACGAUCCCCCUGCCUCGAACGAGGACGAGUCCGACAAUCGCAAGAAGACCACUGAUAUCGACGAGUGGGAUCAGAAGUUCAUGCAAGUCGAUCAGGAAAUGCUCUUCGAGAUUAUCCUCGCCUCUAACUAUCUCGAUAUCAAGGCAUUGUUGGAUGUUGGAUGCAAGACUGUCGCCAACAUGAUCAAGGGCAAAUCUCCCGAGGAGAUCCGCAAGACGUUCAACAUUACGAACGACUUCACCCCCGAGGAGGAAGAGCAGAUUCGUCGCGAGAACGAGUGGGCUGAGGAUCGAUAAACGCCUCAAGUCACAUCCGGUUGUUUUAUGAUUACUUAAUCUUCAUAUACAUUAAGUCCUAUGAAGUGAUAUGACUGAUUUGAUAAGGGAUGGAGACGACAACCGGCUAAUGGGAUUCUUUGCGGCUCGUGGCAUAAACCGUAGGCAUUUCAUAGCUGACCAUUUGCGUGUGGCAUUGGCAUGGAGAAGAGUGGAUUCGGAUUUUUGAGACGGGCCACCUCCAACCCUUGUUCUCUUAACCAGUAUAAUAACUAACCUACUGGAUGGUAUCAGCAGCCCUACAUGGUUAGAGAGCAUGCAAAUUUGCUUUAGGAGUUUUGGAAUCAGCAUAUUGACAUUAGUAAACACC